AUGAUGCGAGAUAUAUGCUCAGCAUCUUUUUCAAGGGCAGCUUUAGCUGAAUGCCUAGGCACUCUUUUAUUUGUAUUUUUUGGACUUGGUAGCGCAUUAAACUGGCCUUCUGCACUUCCAAGUAUCCUGCAGAUCUCCCUUACCUUUGGCCUAGCUAUAGGUACUCUUGUGCAGAUAAUAGGGCAUAUCAGUGGUGCUCACCUCAAUCCAGCAGUCACCUUAGCAUUUCUGGUGGGGUCACAAAUAUCUGCUCUGAAAGCUGUUAUCUACAUCCUAGCUCAGAUGUUGGGAGCUGUUGCUGGAGCAGGGCUACUUUAUGAGUUCACACCAGCAAAUGUUCGAGGAAGUUUUGGUGUCAAUGCGCUGAAUGAGAACAUCAGUCCUGGUCAAGCAGUUGUAGUUGAGAUCUUUCUUACUAUGCAACUGGUUCUAUGUGUUUUCGGAACAACAGACAGUCGUCGAACAGACAGUACUGGAGCUCCAGCCAUAUCAAUUGGUCUCUCAGUUAGUCUAGGACAUCUGAUUGGGAUCUACUUCACCGGGUGCUCAAUGAAUCCUGCAAGGUCUUUUGGACCAGCAAUGAUCACAGGAAUGUUCACCUACCACUGGGUUUUCUGGGUGGGUCCUAUGGCAGGAGCUAUAUUUGCCUCUCUUAUCUAUAACUACGUUAUUUCCCCCGGAGAUGCAAGUCCACUAGAAAGACUGGCUGUCCUGAAGGGUAACUAUGAAUUUGACCCAGAGCAUGAACGGGAAAGAGAAGAACAUCGCAAGCAGUCUGUAGAAUUAAAUUCACUCCACACCUACCAAAAGAACGUCUAA